UUAGCCUUGUCCACAACCCUGAGAUUCAGCUUGCUGGUUUCUGUUAGGUCUUUAAGAGCUUAUAGUAUGACUGAAUGAUAAAGAAUAAAGCUUUUGAACUGGCAAUUAGUAAGGCUUUCUGAAGUCAAACAGCUAACUUUUGGAGGAUGCUGGUCCUAUUAAGCCUUGCAGCUUAUAUGUUCUUAAUUCCUUACAUGAUUAAUUACUUCUAUUCCCUCUUGGGUGCUUAUUAGACUACACCAUGAGAGGAACUGGAAGGGGGUGGGAGAUGGAUAGGUUGUUCCGGAAUCUUGUUCUAAAGCAAGCUGUUUUUUUCCCCCCUCUGCAUUGAACAAGUGUUAUCAGCAGCAGAUGGUUUUUAAUUUGGAAACUUAGAUCCUAAAGUCAGUUGGCAAAGGGUUCUAGCGAAGAGCUGGAUUUUCUAUAUGUUAGAAGUUGAUGGUUAUGAAUGAUAAUAGAGUUGAAUCAGUAAUUUAAAUUUAGUAGUACCUGAGUAUCUUAAACCAACGACAAAUUGACAUAAUGUUGUUCAUGGGCAAAAAUGGUCAAAGUUGAGAGGAAAACAGUUCAGAACUUUAUUCUUAAAAAUGAAGGGGAGAGGAGACCAAUGUCUGCAUGAUCAGCGCCUGUAAUUUAAGGAUGUCCGAGAAGUCAGGCAUGCAUAUAGAAAUAGCCAUACUGUCAACAUAGUCCUAUGAGUGGAGUAGAAUGCCAGCGUUGGUGAGUGACGUUAAAGCUCUCCAGUGACUCUGAAAUAUACGUGAAACAUGGUCUACCAUCUCUCUCAAGUGUGUUUCUGGAAAUGAAAGUUUGAGGUUUUACUGUUCUUGUGUCAGAUUCCACACGGCUUGCCUUCCUAACCAACAUCCAGGCCUUGGAAUCCCGCAGGUAUCACGAUUCCCCGUGGCGUUCCUGCGGGUCUCCCGGGUGCCGAGUGUUUGGUAUUGGGAUGUUGGGUCUGGCAUGACCCGCCGGUGAGCCCUAGAACCUCUCCCUCCCCCCUGAGUGCGUUUGAAGGUUGGCGGGGCGGACGGGAGGUUUCCCCGGAUAUGUGGGUGUGCGCUGCUCCGGAGGGCGGGCCGGGGCGGGAGCAGGAGGAAGGGGGAGGUGACUGGCGGCGGUGGCGGCGGCGGCUGGGGCUCGGCUGUCGGGGGAAGCUGCUGAGCUGUGAUGGUGAUGACGAGCACCUGGGCAUCUCUCUAGAAGCGGUGCGAUCAUGGAGGUGGUGCCGGCCGAGAUUGCUAAGAAGCCUCGGACACCAACCUCGGGUCCAGUGAUCACGAAGCUGAUUUUUGCAAAACCAAUUAAUAGCAAAGCAGUUACAGGACAGACAACUCAAGCAUCUCCACCCGUCGUCACAGGUAGGGUUCUUUCACAGUCUACUCCUGGAACUCCAUCAAAGACUAUAACAAUAUCAGAAAGUGGUGUGAUUGGAUCAACUUUAAAUUCGACAACACAGACACCAAAUAAGAUAGCCAUCUCACCUUUGAAGUCGCCAAAUAAGACAGUGAAAUCGGCUGUGCAGACCAUCACUGUGGGAGGAAUGAGCACCUCACAGUUUAAGACCAUCAUCCCUCUGGCCACUGCUCCCAAUGUCCAGCAGAUUCAAGUGCCUGGAAGCAAGUUUCAUUAUGUCCGACUUGUUACUGCCACAACAGCCAGUAGCUCAGCCCAGCCAGUCAGUCAGAGCCCCAGUGUAAACACACAGCCUCUCCAGCAAGCAAAACCAGUGGUUGUUAAUACCACCCCUGUACGGAUGUCAGUUCCAUUUGUCCAAGCUCAGGCCGUUAAGCAAGUUGUUCCAAAACCAAUCAAUUCAACUUCACAAAUUGUAACUACCAGCCAGCCACAGCAGCGGCUCAUCAUGCCUGCCACACCACUGCCUCAGAUCCAGCCCAACCUCACUAACCUGCCACCAGGUACUGUGCUGGCACCAGCUCCAGGAACAGGGAAUGUGGGCUAUGCAGUGCUUCCAGCUCAGUAUGUUACUCAGUUACAGCAGUCUUCAUAUGUGUCUAUAGCAAGCAACUCUAAUUUUACUGGAACAUCUGGCAUCCAGACACAGGCAAGGCUUCCAUUCAAUGGCAUAAUUCCAUCAGAGUCUACCAGUCGGCCCAGAAAACCCUGUAACUGUACAAAAUCACUGUGUUUGAAAUUAUACUGUGAUUGCUUUGCAAAUGGUGAAUUCUGCAACAACUGCAACUGUACCAAUUGUUACAACAAUUUAGAGCACGAGAAUGAGAGACAAAAGGCAAUCAAGGCAUGCCUUGAUAGAAAUCCGGAAGCCUUCAAGCCAAAGAUAGGAAAAGGAAAAGAGGGGGAGUCGGAUCGGCGGCACAGCAAAGGCUGCAACUGCAAACGCUCGGGGUGUCUUAAAAACUACUGCGAGUGCUAUGAGGCAAAAAUAAUGUGUUCUUCUAUAUGCAAAUGCAUCGGCUGUAAGAAUUUUGAAGAAAGCCCAGAACGGAAGACAUUGAUGCACUUAGCAGAUGCGGCUGAAGUAAGGGUCCAGCAGCAGACAGCAGCGAAGACCAAGCUGUCCUCUCAGAUCUCAGACCUCCUUACAAGGCCAACCCCAGCUCUCAACAGUGCAGGAGGGAAAUUGCCGUUUACAUUUGUAACUAAAGAAGUAGCUGAAGCCACGUGUAAUUGCCUUCUUGCCCAGGCAGAGCAGGCAGACAAGAAGGGGAAAUCAAAGGCGGCAGCAGAGCGGAUGAUACUUGAGGAAUUUGGACGAUGUUUGAUGAGCGUCAUCAACUCUGCAGGAAAAGCCAAAAGUGACCCCUGUGCCAUGCACUGCUAACUCUUGCACAAAAGACUGAAUGGAACUGUACAGAAAAUUUAAGGUGCCGGGACACUUGAUUUUCUAGAAGAUAGCUUAACAAUUACUGUAUUUUAAUUCAGCCUUUGUUUUAAGAGAUCUGAAACUAUAAUAUUGAAAGAGAAGAAAUUAGUACAUUUAAAAUCUUAGUUAAUUCUGCCUAUGCCCCUUCUAAAUUUUUUUCUUUAAAAAUUUUUCUUUUAUGUAUUAUAUAUUUUUUUAAUUUGCUUGGGUUUCUUAAGAAUUAGAUGUUCUGUCCUGAUUCUAUUGACAAAGAACAUUCAUAAAUUAUAGUGAUAUCAUUUAUAAUGUAUGGUGUUGUAUGACUUUGUUCAGUAGAAAAGGCCAAAGUAGCAUGGGUAUUACCCAUUCUUUGGUUACAGAUCCAGAGUAUUCACAGGUAGAAUGUCCGCAUAACCAGAUUCUAAAUGAAAUAUAUUUAGGAGACAUUUUGUUUAGAGAAACACCAUCCUUAAAAAAAAAAAAUCAGAUUUUUAGAGUGGAUUCUGGAAUGCUGUCUGCUGUCUCGUUGGGAGUAUCAGAAGGGGAAACAAUCCCCACCACACUUUUCAGUAUAAUACAAACAUUAUGCUUUCUUUAAAGAAAGCAAAAUAUUAAGGGGCAGUAAUUUUCAGAGGACAGGCUGUGUCUCUGAUGAGGAAUGGCUAACAUGGUCUGGGGCGUCUUCAUUUUCUCUGAAGGAGGUGGUAUGUUUUAUAAUAAUUGUCAAAGUGAUUAUGGCUAAUUACUAAAAUAUGAGAAUGAAUUACAUUAAACAUUUUGUGUCAUGAUGACAGAACUCAUACGCAGUAAGUCUGAAGUCUGGCUCGCUGGAGACGCGAGGACUCAGAGCUGGGAGGUUAUGUGUGGUGGCGCUUUAUGCACACACUUCUCUGCAGACCUUCUGGACUGAGUUCAGUCAGUGUGUGACUCCUACCUGGUUUACUGAGAUAAACGCGCCUCCUAGCAGCUUCUAGAACUGCAGCCAGCUUUUUAUAAAAGAAGUUUUAAUACAACAUUGUUUAAAACAGUGAUUUGGUAAGCUGAAGUAUGUGUGCUCUUAGACUCGCAAAAACAACCUCUAUAUUCUUCAGUAAUUAGAAACCGUGUGAACUCGGGAGCCUACUAUAAUAGGACUUGAGUUUAUGACAAGCAGAAAACUAGGUUGGAAUUGAAACAUUUUGUAAGGUACCUUAAUCCUUGGUAAUUAUUAGCAUAUGAUUAUUGCCCUUCCUACAAGGACUCUAGCAUUGUAAGUAGUAAGUAUGUAUAUAUGUUCAUAUGAACAUGAAAGAUAUAGACAAUAGAAAUUAACCCCAAGAGGAUUCCGUUACUCAUUUAAGUAUCCUCCAUUUAAAAUGGUUUUAUAAGAUGACAGUGCAGUAACUUUAAAUGUAGAUAAUGCAGGCAUCCUUAGCACCUCGGUCUAGAGUUUUUAAGUAAACUUUGUACAAAUGUAAAUUAGUCUAAGAGGACAAAAUAAUAUCUAAUCAAGUUAUUUUUCAAAAGACUGCAAUAAGUUUUUGGUCUAAACCUAAACUUUGUUCAUUUUGUAUAUAUUAUGUGUUAAUUCUAAUAGCACCAUUGUGAUGUGUAUUUAUAUACAGUGUGCACAAAAUGUUUGUGAAUUUUUUAUUAUAAUUGUAGAUUAUGUAUGAUGGCAUUGCUUAAGAUUGUUUUGCUUGUAAGAAUUUGAAGGUGCAAUCAAAGCUACGAGUUUGGAUUUUUAAGAAGCCUUUAACCUAUCAGCCCCUUUCCUUCUGUGUGGUUCCAACUGAACAACUUUUUGUAUUAGGCAUUUGCAUCAAAUUGCUGAACAAAGUUAAUAGCCACAUUAAAUCACCAAUUUCAAAAGAUUAUUUGGGGAGGGUUUGGUCUAUAAUUUUUAAGCCCUAUUUACAUCCUAAGGUAGAAAGAUUAUAUUUACUAGAGCUAUUCAAAAAGUACACUUUUCUAUAUUGUAAAAGCAGGGCAGAAGAAUAAAUCAUACAGAAAAUAAACAUUUAUACUAUUCUGUAAAAAAAA